AUGGAUUGUAUAAGCCCAAUCUUGGAUAUUGCCACCCGUUUAUGGGAUUGCACUGACAAGCGUGCUGUUUAUGUCCGUGAGCUCCCAGAAAAUCUCAUCUCUUUGAGGAAUGCAAUGGAGAAACUCCAGAAUGUCUAUGAAGAUGUGAAGGACAAGGUGGAACGUGAAGAGAAACUUCAGAAGAAGCUGUUGAGAUAUUAGGAAUGUUUCCUUAGAAGCGUAGAAGCCAUUGAAAAAGAAGUGAAGGAAACACUGGCGGAAGGUGAUGAAGAAAUCCAGAGGAAAUGUCUGGGAACCUGUUGUCCCAAAAACUGCCGUGCCAGCUACAAGAUUGGGAAGAAGGUACGUGAAAAGAUGGAUGUUGUGGCUUUAAAGAAUAGGGAGGGCUUAGAUCUCAGUGUGGUGGCUGAACCUUUGCCUAGUCCUCCCGUGAUCCUGAGGCCUUCGGAAAAGACUGUUGGCUUAGAUUUGUUGCUUGGGGAGGUCUGGAGCGUCCUCCAAGAUGACAAAGUGGAAAGUAUGAGAAUAUAUGGAAUGGGGUGUGUGGGGAAAACCACCCACUUGAAGAGAAUCAACAACGAGUUCCUUCAAACAGGCUAUGAAGUCGAUGUAGUCAUUUGGGUUGUUGUGUCCCAACAAGGGAACGUGGAAAAGGUCCAGGAAACCAUUCUCAAUAAGUUGGAGAUUGCUGAAUACAAAUGGAAAGAUAGGAGCGUGCAUGAAAGGGCUGAAGAAAUAAUCAGUGUCUUGCAAACAAAGAAAUUUGUGCUCUUGUUAGAUGAUAUAUGGAAGCAGCUUGAUCUUUUGGAAGUGGGGAUUCCUCCUUUGAAUGAUCAAAAUAAGUCCAAAGUAAUAUUUACAACACGGUUUUCAACUGUGUGCCACGACAUGGGAGCUAAAAACAUUGAAGUUGAGUGCUUGGCAUGCGAGGAAGCUUUUUCUUUGUUUCGGACCAAGGUAGGAGAAGACACCUUAAAUUCUCAUCCAGAUAUUCGAAAGCUUGCGGAGAUUUUUGUCAAAGAAUGCAAAGGCCUUCCACUUGCCCUCAUUACUGUUGGAAGAGCAAUGGCUGAAAUGAAAACACCAGAGGAAUGGGAGAAAAAAAUACAAAUCUUGAAGCGCUAUCCAUCAGAAUUUCCAGGUAUGGGGGAUCGUCUAUUUCCACUUUUGGCAUUCAGUUAUGAUCAUUUAUGUGACGACACCGUCAAAUCAUGCUUCCUUUACUGCUCUAUAUUCCCCGAGGAUUAUGAAAUCCCUUGUAAGCUACUCACACAACUUUGGAUGGGGAAGACGUUUGAAAGCAUUCAUAAUAUUUCAACAAAGCUUGCAUGCCUGUUGACGUCUGAUGAAUCUCACGGACGUGUGAAAAUGCAUGAUGUCAUUCGUGAUAUGGCUUUGUGGAUAGCUUGUGAAAAUGGGAAGAAGAAGAACAAAUUUGUGGUAAAAGAGCAAGUUGAAUUGAUUAAAGGCCAUGAAAUUACAAAAUGGAAGAACGCACAAAGGAUAUCAGUUUGGAAUAGUGGUAUCGAAGAACGCAUGGCACCACCACCUUUUCCUAAUCUUGAGACUCUGUUGUCAGUGGGUGGAUUGAUGAAGCCAUUUCUAAGUGGGUUCUUUAGAUAUAUGCCUGUCAUAAGAGUGUUGGCCUUGGUAGAAAACUAUGAACUGACGGAGUUACCUGUGGAGAUUGGUGAAUUGGUUACAUUGCAGUAUCUUAAUUUAUCACUCACGGGAAUAAAAGAGUUACCAAUGGAGCUUAAGAAAUUGACAAAACUGAGGUGCUUGGUAUUGGAUGACAUGCUUGGACUUAAAACAAUUCCACAUCAAAUGAUAUCAAGUCUUUCAUCUUUGGAAUCGUUCAGUUUUUACAAUUCUGGAGCCACCAUUGGAGAUUGCAGUGCCUUAUUAGAGGAGUUAGAGAGCUUGGAACACCUGAACGAGAUAUUCAUCACACUUAGAAGUGUCACUCCUGUAAAAAGAUUACUGAACUCUCACAAGUUACGAAGGGGCAUAAAUCGGCUACAUGUAGAAUCCUGCAACCACCUGAGCUCACUCAAUGUGUACCCUUAUCUGCAGAAACUUGAAAUAAACAUAUGUGAUGACUUGGAAGAUGUGAAAUUCAUUGUGGAAAAGGAAAGGGGUGGGGGAUUUGCAGCAUAUAAUGUGGUCCAAUCAAACAUGGCAAAGCACCAAAACUUCUGCUAUCUUCGUCAUGUAGCGAUAUGUCAUUGUCCAAAAUUAUUGAACUUAACAUGGUUUAUUUAUGCUACACGCCUUCAAUUCCUUAAUGUUAGUUUCUGUGAUUCAAUGGAAGAAGUGGUAGAAGAUAAAAAGAAUGGAGUUUCAGAAAUUCAGCAAGAGUUAGGCCUAUUCUCAAGACUCGUAUCUCUCCAUUUGUCUUGUCUACCAAAUCUAAGGAGAAUAUAUAGAAGGCCUCUACAAUUUCCUUCCCUAAAAGAGAUGACUGUUAAAUACUGUCCAAAUCUGGGGAAGCUGCCAUUUGAUUCCAAAGCUGGGAUUAGUAACAGUUUACAGAAGAUCCAUGGAGCCCAGGAAUGGUGGGAUGGGCUAGAGUGGGAGGACCAAACCAUUAUGCAAAACCUCAUCCCAUACUUCGUUCCGAUUCUGGUCUUCGCGAUCACGAUUGAGGUGUGA